AGCAAAAUUUGACAUUUCAGUAAUGAUGGCGCAUUUGCGAAAGGUGGAUAGCUUUAUGUGAAUUAUUCGGACGUUUACCUUUAUGCGGUGCUGUGAAGUGAAAACAAGGUGAUUUCGAUGCCGUACCACAGGCGAUUUUCCGCCAAAAUGACGGAGUUCGACGACGAAGUUACUGUGGUCGACGUAUAUGACCUGGCAUCGGAUAUCGGGAAGGAAUGCGAGAUUAUUAUAGAGAAAUACGGGGCUGACGCAGUGACUGCCUUGUUACCGAAGGUGAUUAAUGCCCUGGAGCUGCUGGAGAACCUGGCAGUGAGGAAUGAGAAAGAGAACCAGGCGCUACAGGAGCUGACGGCCAAGAUUUCUCAGCUAGAAAAUGACAAGAUUGAGAAGGCUGAAUACAGACAACGCUUUGAAAAGGAAAUAGAAGCGAUAGAGGAGCAAUGGCGGACGGAAUCCGCGGACCUCGUGACGGCCGUGUCUCGGCUCCAGGAUGAGAACAAGAGGCUCAGGCGGACUAUCAAUGCUCCUGGCGAUGGCACCAGCGCCCCGCCCUCCCCCGCCCGCGAGCACGAUCAGGAAGUUCUCUCCCGACUGAGCAGCACCGCAGAGAAGCAGCGAGCCACGCUGCGCCAGCAGGAGUCGCAACUGCAGGAAAAACAGCUCAUCAUUGAGAGUUUGUCGCAUAAGAUUGAACAGUUGUCGCAAGUCAGUCGAGAUCUCCGAAGGAAACAUAAGCAGAUACAAAAUCAGCUGCGUCUAGUGUGCGAGGAGCGAUCAGAGCUCAACGCGAUAGUUCAGGCCCAGCAGCGGGACAUCAGCGCGCUCCAGCAAGCCGACGCACAGAACAAGAAGUGCGCGUCAUGCGGCGCCGUGUCCCCGGACGGUCCGGACGACGAGGACCAGUCCUCCAAGCCCACGUUCAGCGUGCGCGAGCUGCGAGCCAUACUGCACGAGCGCAACGAGCUCAAGCUGAAGCUGGGACGGGCCGAGGAGCAGCUGCAGGCGCUGCAGGCGGAGGUGCCGUCAGAGAGCAGUUCAGACACAUCACCGUCCGCGUCGGCGGCGGCGUGCGACGACGCGCCCGUGCAGGGCCCGCUGCCGUGCGAGCCCGACGACGCGCCCUGGAAGAGGCACAGCGGCAUCAGGAAGUUUUUUCGCAAGCUCUUUGCUGAGUCUGACAUCGCCGUGGGGAUCCCGCGGCGCUCGCUGUCUUCCCUCGCGAGCAAGAUAUCCGCCGCUCCCGGCGCUGCCGCCGCCUCCACGUAGGCACUCCGACCCCAACACCUCCACCGCCGCCGCCGCCGCCAAGCACAAGCCCAAGUCGCGCCGCCACUCCGACAUCAACAACCCCCGCGCCAAGCUCGACCUGCGUCAGGAGCUCAUCAACCUCAACCUCAACAACCAGGAGG